GAGUGCCACACACACACACACACACACACAGUCAGCCUCUCACAGGAGAGCUUCACCAGCGGACUGUGUUUGGAGUAGAACGGGACUUUCACUUCUUCAGUUUGCUGAACAGGAUCUUUGGAGGGCAGGAUGGAAAACACGUGUGAGGUGUGGAAACGGUGAGGAAACACAGUGAACCGGCACAGUAGAGACUGCGGCUGAUGCCUCAAAGCACACUGACCCUCGACCCUGCGAUGCCCACCGAGCUGGUGAAAGACACCAUGACGAUCCCCGGAGCUCCCGAGAGAAUCCUGCAAGAGAAAACCAACAACAACGAGCCUCCACAACCGCAGCUGCUGGCCAUCACCAUUCCCCUGGUCAACGAGGGGCAGCUGACGGCGGCCACCGGCGGAGCUGAGCUGUCCUGCUACCGCUGCACCGUGCCGUUCGGCGUGGUGGCCCUGAUCGCGGGGAUCGUAGUGACGGCCGUCGCGUACAGCUUCAACUCGCAUGGCUCCACCAUAUCAUACUUCGGACUGGUGCUGCUCUCGGCUGGGCUCGUGCUGCUUGUGCUGAGCGCUGUUUGCUGGAAGGUGCGGAUGGAGAGAAAGAAAGAGAGGAGACGAGAGAGUCAGACAGCACUGAUGGCCCAUCAGAGGAGCAUCUUCGCCUGAUUCGACACAAGCACAAAAUCUUCACGAUGAACAAGUCAAUGCAUCACGUUUGGGACGACGUCCAGAUGUUUUGCCAUAGAUUGUAAAAAAAAAAGAUGGACGACUCAUCUCUGCUUCCUUUCAGCUGAAGCCAAUGUUCCCGCUGUCUAUUUGCAUAGCAUCAAAUAGCCAACCAAAAAUAAACUUUUUAGAAAAAUUAACACUUGAACAUACAUCAGAGUGAUAAGAACUACCUAAAAAGAUGGGAACUGUCUUUGGAAAAAAUUAUUUGAAGUGUAAUUAGAUUUUUUUCCCCACAUCCCAUUGGUUUACAUGGAGAGGACGUGGUUUAUGACCUCUACUGCCGCCAGCCACUAGGGGAUGAUCGAGAAACGAAGAGAGA